GAGCAGCAGAGUUUUUUGUAAAGCCGAAUGCUGCAAUUUUUGAUUAAUUAUUCUUAAUUAUAACUUAAAUUGUGAUAAAAUAGUAUAGAAAAUAUUAACAAAACCGUAAAAAUGGUUCGUGUUAUCACUCAAGAAACAUUCGAUGAAGUUGUAAAGGAGAACAUCGAUGAAUUCGAUAUGAGCCCUGAGGAGGCUAUAAAAGAGGCCACUGCCCAAUUCCAGGCUCAGGGUGUAGAUUUAUCAAACAUAAUCAAAGAUCUUGCACUGGAUACGGGAGAACACCAAGUUAUCACAAUUGUGAAUAGUUUAAAAGAACUAUGUGGAGAAGAAAACAGUAACGACAAAAUGGUCUUGGAAAAACUUGGCAGUCUACAGACAGAAUGUAAUAAAGACAUUGCACAUAGAGUGAAGGCAGGGAAAUGUGGUGCUUAUGAUAUUUUAAUUAACUUAUUAGAAUCAAGACAAAAGAAAUAUAUAGAGAAAACAAAUGAUACCAACAAAGAGAUGAUUGUGAGCAUUCUCAAGACUCUACUGUCAUUAAUGGAUGUGCAACCUGAUUUAUUGGACCAGAGAGGUGUUGACAUAAUGAUAAGCACUCUUGAUAGUGUUGAAGACGAAGAUGUACUUAUAGCAACAUUAAAAUGGGCAAACGUCUGCUGUGUGAAACAUGAAAUGAAUCGACAGAGGAUAUUCAAUAAAAAUAUUGUCGACCAUCUGAAGAAUGUUAUAAAAUUGAAAUCUAAUGCAAAGCUCAUGAGUGAGGUGAUGCAGUUCACCCGAAAAUUCACUUUAGACGACGACAUUAGGGUUGAAUUUGGCAAAGCACACGAACACUCGAAAGAAUUGGGCGCGUCGCUAAUAGAACCUCUCACUACAUUUUUAAAAGAUAACACCAACUCAUCCAUAGUAUGUGAUACAAUGUCUACGCUGGCAGCACUGUUAGUGCGACACGAAUUAUGCGAUGUUGCAGCCAAAGCGGGCGCUUCUGACGCCCUACUUGCUGUUCUAGCCGACAAUUACGAUAACGUCGCGCUAGCCACGCAAGCCAGCAAGUUAGUAACAGCGUUGGCUGGCAACGACGACGUGAAAAGAAAUCUUAUGAAAGCUGGCAUCGCUCCUGUAAUAGUCGCUUUAUUAAAUAGGCAUGGGAGUAACCCAGUAGCCGGUGCAAUGCUGCUCAAGUGUAUAUCCGCUUUGACUCUCCGCGAGCCUUCUCAUAGCGCUCAGUUUUUCGACAGCGACGCGCCCGAAGCCAUAGUGAACUGUCUCAAAAUACACCCAGAUAAUGCUGCAGUACAGAAAAACGGCUGCUGGGCGAUAAGGAACAUGGUAGCCAGAUGUCGGGAUCAGAACUCAAAAUUCCACGAAUUAGGCGUAGAAUCGAUACUUAACGCCGCAUAUGACAGAUUCCAAAAGGAAUUCGGCUUCGACGUGAAGUCAGCGCUGAGAGACUUGGAGUGCGACGUGAAGUUGGACGAGCAAUGGACCGGGAAAGGAGUGCAAAUGGACAACUAACUAUAUCGUUUAACAUUUCUUAAUAAAAAUACUUUACUAAUAAUUUUACCUUCUUUGCAUUUAACAGGAGUUAAGCACAAUAGGUCAGGGGCAUGAAUCUCCAACUUACGGAAAACUGCUGUCCUUAUUAUGCCACAAGUGUUUUUUCUGCAGUAAGAAAACUUACUAAGCUUUACGGCGUAGGGGAAUGUGUAAAUGAACUUUAUUUUUACUUUUAAGAGUUCCAAAUGUAUCCUGGAAAGAAGGAAAUGUUAAUGAGCUCAUACAAGUGGAAGUUGUUAUACAGGGUGUUACAAAAAUACAAAUAAAGCUUGAAGGGCGUUGAAGUACAUCAUAAAAGGAGUCUUCUCUAAUUUUCUUAAAAUAUUUGCAUGAAGUUUUAACUUUUUAUAAAAACAGUUAUUUUUAAUGAU